GGCGCCACGGGGACGGCACGGCCGCGCGGGCCGAGCUCCCGGCAGGCGGCCCGCGAUGUGCUCCUCUCCCUCCGCGACCUCGGCCCCUUCCCAGAGGCCGGCCUCUCCCGUGCCACGGGGGGCGAUCCCUGCCGCGGCGCGGUGUGCCGGGGGCAGCGGCCGCGGCCUGCCCGGCGCCGGGCCUCGGGAGGGCGGUGGCGGGCUGCCUCUCUCACCGGCGACCGCAAGGGGUUGAGCCAUGCUCGAACCAGACGUCGAACAGGUCCCCCGGGUGGGCCCCCAGGAGGCCCACAGCACGAACACCUGACGACCGUGCGCCAGGAAGCGGGGGCAGCUGAGCCCGCGCACCGCGCCGAGCGCGAGGGCGCGAAGGCCUUGGCGCUCUCGCGCCGCCCCGCCGGGGUGGAGCAGAGGAGGACGAACAGGAGGCGGCGCCGAGCCUAGAGUAUCUAUCUAUACAUAUAGACGUACACAUCUCUUGGCUACAUAGGUGUGCAGCGUGUAGCUGCGAGCCCGUUGCAAAACCUCGCGCUGCAGGCGCUGGGGGCGCACACUCCACGGCCCUCGCAGCGACGCCGCGAGAGUUCCGCGGCGGCGCCAACGGUGCUGCUCGGUGAGCCGUGUGAGUCCCUGCCGACCGAAAAAACAACCAUCCUCGGGAGCGGCCAAGAGGGGGGGGUCCAAUCAUCACCCCCCUCUUGUCCGCCCCCGACAUCCAGGAUCAAAAACAAACUAGUCAUGAGGCCGGUGCGAUGAAGGACAGCCCAGCUCCACGAAACUGCUCCGCCCCCCGCCGGGCAGCGGGGUCGGCCUGCAGAGGUGGCGACCCGAGGCGGUGCGCGCCUCUCUGACAGAGCCAGGAGAGAAGAUGACGAAACCAGUUCGCUCGUGCUCGAACCUGUCGCCCGAAGGACGGCGGAUUGACGCAUGUGCUCACGCAUCACCGAGCGACGUCUGUCAGCGCAGUGGCGGAGCACGACGCGGUCGUCCUGGACCGGGGCGCGCAGUGCUGCGAGCUGCGCGGCCGUGCGCCGCUCGGCGUGGGGGCGCAGCUGCCCCCCCCUCCUCUCCUCCGCCCCUGCUUCCUCUCCCUUGUGCCAGCUGGGGUGAGCAAGGCCCCUGAUUCUCGGGGCCGAUGCUUUCCCUCGCCGGGGAUGGGACAUGGGACGCUCGGAUCAACAAAAAAAAACGUGUGCGGACUUGGGCCCGAAGUGUGGGCGGCCUGAUGCCGCGAGGUGGUCAGGCACGAUGGUGCCUGCACCUAAUUCGCGCCGCGCUCCCGCAUCGCAGGCUGGACCUGAGGCGGAAGCGGAGUUGGCGUAUCUCCGCCAUGGCGACGCGGAAGAGCACGCGGAGCCAGGAUGAGCUAUCAGGGUAUCUACACUGGCUGAAAUUAGGCAGCGGGGUACCGUCUUGCUAUUACAGCCAGCCGUAGUGCCCCGGAGAGCAUCCAUCUCACCUCCCACCC